AAACAGGGCAGCCACCUCUCCGUGCUGCGUAUACGACACAUAGAAAACAACUCUCGCAGGGGAGCGUGCGCAAGCGAAGAUGGCGGAAGCGAUGGGAAUGGCAGAGUUUGAUGGUGGCAUCGGUAUGCAAACAGCAGAACGAACGCCGCAGAGCAUGAUGAACACGCUGGAUGAGCCAGUCUCCGAAACCAUUAUGCGAGACUUGCGAUCCGUGGGAGCUAAGCUAAAGAUCGUCCUCAACCCCAGGGGAGACCAAGACGGGGUGCUCACCAAGCUCAAGGACUGGGACUUGUGGGGACCGCUGAUGGUGUGCCUGACGCUGUCGAUCGUCCUUAGCGUUUCGGCCCCAGCGGACCAGGGAGCGCUAGUGUUCGCGGCGGUUUUUGUCGUGGUGUGGUGUGGGGCAGCCCUGGUGACACUCAACGCUCAGCUGCUGGGGGGAACCAUCUCCUUCUUCCAGAGCGUGUGCGUGCUGGGUUACUGCGUGUUCCCGCUGCUGGUGUCGGCGGUGGUCUGCCUCAUCCUGAGCCUCUUUAAUUUUAUGAACGUCGUCGUGCGUGUGGCCGUUGUGCUGGUAGGCUUCGUCUGGGCAACUCGAGCGUCGAAGGUGUUCAUCUCGGAGAUCAUCUCAGACGAGCGCAAGAUGUUGGCCGUGUACCCAGUGUUCUUCUUCUACACCUUCAUCAGUUGGAUGAUUGUUAUACACUGAAGAUGUGAUCUGACGAAUCUUUCGUUCGCUCUCUCUCGGACUGUGGCAGUGUGCAAUGUUCGCCCGUGGUUGUAUCAUCGGCCGGUUGCUUGUCUUGAUAAACCACCUCAGAGACAUAGCGUGAGGCGGUAGCAGACUGAGGGUAGGGUGACAGCAGUGGAACGUCUGGAACCCAUGAACCUGUGAAUGUAAAGACGAUCGUUGUGGCUCAACUCGUUUUCGUCGAAUCAAUGUGUUACAGUGCGGGGUCGGCAGGGGAGGGGCACAUAGUAGUUUGACUAAUGAUCGCCCAGCACUUCCACACGGGGCAGCCCUCUCCUCAAUGCUAUUUUCAUGGUAGAGGCAACUCUUGGGCGCGCCUUUACGAUAGCGUGAGGGGGCCGUGUGACGUGAAGAGUAUUGUCAUCCCGUGCAUAUGGGUGUCUGUACGACACCUGCCUGCGCACCAGCGCGUGGUGUUUCCGUUCGUUGUGCUCGGUCUCGGGGGUAUGUUGUUUUCCGUUGUCGUAGACGUUGAUUCUAUUCAAGCGUGUGUUAGUGUUUGUGCCACUGCUGUGUGUUGCAUCGUUUUUGAUAUUCCGCUGAAUUGAGUGCGUACUUUAAGGGACACAAGUCCGGGUGGUUAAGGGGGGGGGUAAGGCGAGAGUUGGCUCGCCGAAUCGCUACGGAUAAUGAUUGAACGCUAGCACGUUCGCGUAAAGGUUUGGCGCGUGGUUGAAAUGCUGCCCUGCAACGACGCCGUUGCUGUUGUCUGCUUCGCUCGCCACCUGGACCAUAUAUGCGCAGCAGAGAGAGGGUUGGGACUCAUUUCGUGAAGUCUGCCUCAUGACCUAAGACCUACAUCUUUUUUUCUUUAAAACGAUGUUCCCGCGAUAGAGGAAGAGUCAGCGACAUCUUUAACCCUAAACUUGCGCUUUGUACGAGCCGUGGAUACCGUCGCCUCAAACAAUUCCACGCAGGCAAAGGUUUGAGUUUCGUGUGUCGUCAAAGGAAAACAUUCAGUUGCUAGGCAGAAAUGGGAGGUGUUUUUUCACUAAGGGGUGAAUGGGACAUUGCAUCGACCGGUGAAGCACACGCACGCAGGUCAUUGGCGAUGGACGGAGACUAAGUUGAGCUUGCUCCAUUCUCCCUACCUACAAAGUCGUCUGCACACGCACCAGAGUGGCUUGAGGAGAGGGUCCGAGAAAAGAGGUCGCCGACUAUCAAGGAAUCGGCGCUAAACGAACAUGGUAUUCGUUCCGUUUGGAAGCAUGCACGGUCGUCCCAGU